AUGUGGCAGUGGAAUCAAGCAGCAACAAGAAUUUCAGUCACACUGUCAAUCCCAAAAUGUAUUUUGCUUUUAGUACUUACAUGUGACAGUAAUGGUCAGACCAUUAAGCCAAUCAGAGAGGAGGUAUAUGCUCCAGCAGGUAGCAAUAUUACACUUUCAUGCACCUACUCAUCUGCAGUCUCUCUUCAAUGGUAUCUCCAGGACCCUGGAUCACCUCCUCAGUAUAUCCUGCUUAUCCUGCAUGGUGUUGGGUCUCCAUCACGGGCUCCAGGUCUGGAUCCUCGACUGUCAGUCAAACUGAAUGAUGAGAAGAACCGUGUGGAUCUGGAGAUCUCCUCUGCUAAAGAGAAAGACUCUGCUAUGUACUACUGUGCACUGACGCCCACCGUGAAAGGUGAUACUUUAGAGGAUGAUAUUACUCCAACCAGUCCUGAGGAGUAUUAUUUAGAGGGUAGCAGAGUUAAGAUCUCCUGUAACUAUACAGUAAAAUCAGAUAUUCUGCUGUGGUACAGACAGUACUCUGGAUCAGCACCCCAAUUCCUCCUCUACACUACAGUCACCUCAAAGCCCUCUGUAAUAAGAGCUAAACCUGAUGACCCUCGACAGUAUGUUAAUCUGAAUAAAGAGAGAACCUGUGUGGACCUGGAUAUCUUCUCUGCUGUAGUGACAGACUCUGCUCUGUACUUCUGCGCCCUGAAGCUCCACUGA